GUCCACAGCCUGAUAGACUAGCUCUACCUGACCUGCACCCUGACAAGCUGACAGAAGAAGCUGGAUGAUGCACACAGAAAGGAAGUUUUCCCUUUGCUACUGCUCCAAUCAGCUCUAACACCUGUAUUUUUUGCUUUUCUUUUAUUAUUGCGGCAGUAAAUAAGUCAGCAUGCGCGUUAUUGAUUCAUAUUCACCAAAUGGCGGUGAGUUAAAAUAUCCCUAAGACGUAUCGGGGGUGUGCUGGGACGGUCCAGGGUGUUUUUCCCUCUCUAACUACCACUAUCACAACGCCAAUUGCGGGCAAAACAACUUCGUUUGUACCGGUGGCGGAGCGCUUGGUUUCUAUUUUCGUCCGUAAUUUUGUCAAACAGCCUCCACUCCCCUCCUCCCUCUCUCCCUUCAUUCGUCUUCACUUUAGAAGAAAACAGCAACCGAGGAAACCAUAAUAAAGGCUACCGGCCGUCAAAGGGAAUCAAAAUAACAAUUGAGUCUGCGAUAUCCAAGUGUUGGGCUGAUUUUAAUAACCACGUCAGCACCAGCUCCGACUGGACGCUCAGCAGGAUGAUACUCCAGCAGAGAGACUAGACGGUCCAAACAGCCGCCGCAAACAUGUUUAGGCGAGGUUGCGGUGGGGUGGAGUUACUGCUGGUGCUGUGUGGCCUGGAUCUCUCUCUGCCCUGCCCUCGCCACUGCAUCUGCUACACCUCACCCAGCACUGUUUCCUGCCAAGCCCACAACUUCCAUGCCGUGCCCGAAGGCAUCCCUGCACAGAGCGAGCGUGUCUUCCUGCAGAACAAUAAGAUCCAGCGCCUGCUCCGUGGCCACUUCUCCCCCACCACUGCCAUGCUGUGGCUCUAUUCCAAUAACAUCUCUUACAUUCAACCCUCCACCUUCCACGGCUUUGACCGCCUGGAGGAGCUCGACCUUGGGGAUAAUCGCCACCUGAAGGCCCUCGCUUCCGAUACCUUCCAGGGCCUGGGUCGGCUACACGCCCUGCACCUUUACCACUGUGGCCUGAUCAGCCUGCCUCCAGGGAUCUUUGAGGGUCUCCAUAAUCUUCAGUAUCUCUACCUGCAGGACAACCAGUUAGAGUUCCUGGAGGACGACCUAUUCAUUGACCUGCUGAACCUCAGUCAUCUCUUCCUGCAUGGUAACCGUCUGUGGAGCCUUCGCCAGAAUACCUUCCGUGGUCUGGGUGUCUUAGACCGCCUGCUUCUCCACCAGAACCGAAUCCAGUGGGUAGACCGCCAGGCCUUCCAUGACCUGCGGCGUCUCACCACCCUCUACCUGUUUAACAAUUCUUUGACCGAGCUGUCUGGUGCCAGCCUGACUCUGCUGCCAGCCCUGGAGUACCUGCGACUCAAUGAUAACCCCUGGGAGUGUGACUGCAAGGCCCUGUCACUUUGGGAUUGGUUGCGGAGGUUUAGAGGCUCCACCUCUUCGCUGCUGUGUGUUUCACCCCCAGAGCUGGCUGGGAAAGACCUGAAAACGCUGAGGAAGGAGGAGCUGCCCAGCUGCUUGUCAGGAGAGGGGCAGGCAGGUGGUGCUGCAGGUGGGGAGAUGGAACACGGAGAGUCUUUGAACCACCUGAACCGUCACCGAAAUCACCACAACCACCAUCAGCGGCCAUACUUACCCCAUGGGGACCAGUACAGCUUGCCGUCACCCUCACCCUUGCCGCGGCCACCCAAAGGAGGCCGCAGAAACUGUACCCGUCGGGGGCGCAAGGGGAAAGGGGGGCUGAAUGAGGUGCAAAUACUGCGGGAAGGGGGAGACAAAGACUACACUCCAGAUGGAGGAAAAUAUGACCUGUCUGCCCCUGCAAGGAGGAAGAACAAGUGUGUUCCCAGAACUUCUGUUGGCCCGCCAAGUGGGGUACAGAGAGCCAAUAAUAAAGUGUCCCGCCUUGCAGAUUCUGUUUUCAUUUUCCCCUUGGUUCUGCUGCUGUCACUCACCUCUGUGAUCCUACGCUGAGACAGGAAAUAGGCAUGUUAUUGCUGAUGAUGCAAACUAUUGAUUCACUCCUCUGACCAACCCUGCCCUGGCUCUUGCAAUGAGGCAUGUGUGUAUAACUGUGUGUGUACAGUACAUGACUGUGUGUAAAGAGCGUCAUCAAAUAUCUACUGUUGAAGCAUCCUUGUGGUAUUACAGCAGGGAUCUUUAUGAGUCAUAAAACACACAAGUCAGGGAAAACAAUUUAGCCCAUCGCUCUUUGAUGAUGUCACCAAGGGAAACAACAGGAAAACAUUACACUUGUCUCACAGCUGCAGCAUUGUUAAAACUGUGGCAUUGAUUGAUUUGUUGAAUUUAUGUAUUCAUCUGGGGAAAACAAAAACCUACACAGCCACAUAGUAUACAAAGCCAACAACCCAUUCAAAUGAGAAAGAGAACAACAAUCAACAAGAAGAAAAACAGUUCAAAGCUCAAUGUCUAUGUUUAGCCCCUCUACAGACAAUAGUACACUCUCAGUGCACCCUCUAUUUGUCAUUCAUGCAGAGACAAAAAUAUAGUCAUUCAUAAUUGGCGUACUGCUUAUUUUGCAGUACCUUACAAGCUAGCAACAAAACACUGCAGAGACAAAUGGCAGUAAAAUUAGUCAUCCUGAAGAGUUUUAGCAGCAAUGGCUAUAAUGACAACACAUCCACUCAUCCAAUUAAGUGGAUUUACUUCCAUGUCUUACAGCACUUUACUGCAUAUCUGCACCCUUUGCUCUCCAUAAUGUAUCUAUAACAGACAACAUAAUGUAGGAAGCGUCAGUGAGAUUAUGAUACUUUCUAGAUAAUUGACAGCACUUCAAAAUAGCCCUUGUUGAACAGUGUGCAUUUCCUUUGUUCCUGGUUCACAUCAAUCAGAAAGCCAUUCAGAACUAACUUACUAUUGUCAGAGCCAAUCUGUGACAGUGAGUGGGUGAGAAACUGAGCAACUGAGUGAGUGAGUGAGUGAGUGAAGAAUAGUUUAGUGUUAAUGUUUGUAUGAGCAUGUGUCCACUGAAGAAACCACUAAAGCCAUGCUGGUAGAAAGAAGCUAGAGAGCAAGAGUGCCUAAGAUGAGCCAGUGGCCAAUGAGGACAAACUGCAGAGGUCAAACAUACUUUCACUCAGUCUUCGACCUCAUUGGCUACAAAACAGAGUUCUCAAGGAGCCUAAAAGUUCAAGCCCAACCAAAAUGGGCCAUGGAUGAGUUGAGGCCCAAUCCAUUCCCCCACACCUACCCAAAAAAAAAAGUCUGAUUCUCACAAACUGUUAUGCACUUUUCUCUGUUAUAUCAAAGGGAUGGGUGAAGAAAAUACAGCUUUCACAGCAAAGCAAAAGACACCAAUGAUCAUCAACAAUCAAAUGUGAUUUGUGAUUUGAUCCAGCAUUCAUACAGUUAAGAGCUGUGUUUGGUAGACCCUUUCAAACAGUGGGGGACCCCCAACAUCGCAAUGUCUCCACCUCCUCUGUUGUAACUGUUUUCUGAAGACAGUAAAGGAAAGGAAUUCAGAAUUUAUGAAGACCAACUUAAAGCGAAGGGACUGACAAACUGCCUCUGAGUUUCUUUCUCAUCCUCUCUGGAGUGCUCCGAAAUAAAAUGGACUUGAUGAUCUGCAAGCCCUGAUUGGACAGUUUGAUUUUAAUGCUGCUAUGUCUGUGGAGAGCGAGUAUUAGAGCCCUGACUGAGGCUCUGGCUUCUUCUUCAGGAAACUGAAUCAUGACAAGGACAGAGGGGACUGAGGGACAACAGUACCCCAUACGAACUGAAGUGGUUCAAACAUACACACACACACACACACACACACACACAGACACAUUAACCAAACCCUCUCACUCACCUCCACAGCCUUCUUGUUCACCACAUACAAACCCCCUGCUAGUCCAGGGCCCUCGAAUCCCAGCGGAGAGCUGUGUUCAAUCAAUGCUGUCCAGACUUUUACUUCAUCCCUCGGAGUUGUUCACCUCAAGUCUCAAAAGUACACGAGACAACACAACAGGUGAACUCUGUAUAGAUACGCACGGGCCAUCUGGAUACCUUUAGCAUACCGCUAACUGGCCGUGAUGUCACCAGUCCCUGUUCAUGUCUGAUAGCAUUAUAAAGUUAUCAAUUCCGACAAUUUCAAAGCCUUUGAGCAGCACAGGCAGACAGCCAGAUAUGCAAAUGACAACAUAUUUAACAUAAAAUCAUGACAUGCAAACAAAAGCACAAACUAGAUGAUCAGACCUGGUUCACUGGCAAUCUAAAUAUUAUAAGGUUUGGGUUGGAAUCCAAGAGCAGUGGGACAACACACUCGUGCCCAGCUUGUGUGUGUGUUUCCUGCUGAACAACGCCUUUCCGUGUGUAUCUAUGUAAUCGUUAGGGGUUUGAACAAAAGCCUGUCUCUGGUGUCAUUCUCCUGACAUGUAGGAUUAGAGACCCCUACUGGUGACCUUGUCUGUGCUGCUGUGAACCCAGAGGUGAUGUAAAUUGACUUUGUGUCUGUUCGUUUCUGUGAGGGUGACUUUUGUAACAAAAAGAGAAACUGACUCCCUGUUGUGUCUUGGUAGUUCCCUGAAAAAAAGGGAACUAGGGGCUGCAACUUUUUUUUUGUUUGUUUGUUUUUUUU